UCGAGCUCAAUAGUAGCAGGUUAGCAAAGCUAGCCAUGUGUGGAUUGUAUUUUCCAUUUAGGUAACAUCAGUAUUUAGCAAAAUAGCUAGCAAGCGGUUUCCCCAGCGACCAACAUAGCACAGCGGAUGAAGAAAAACUUGGAAUCUGGAAGUUUUAAAAAAGACAAAGUUACAGCCACAAACUGGACCUCGGCAUGUUACCCCUGAAGGUGAAGGACCGCCCUAUUGUGCGAGCGCUGCUGAGUGCAGGAUGCUGUGCUCGCUGCAUACUGAGAUUUUGCUGCAUUGGGCUGCAGUCGGCGUACCGACAGUCCUACGAGGACCUGAUGAAUGAACUACACACCUUUGUCAGUGCCGGAGAGUGUGGUAAAUCUCAUGAUGUCCCAGACCAUGAGCGCACAGAAGACCCUCCUUGCAAGAGAGUGAAACUGGACACAGUGGAGGGAGAUACAGAGGUGGUUCCCCAUGCCCAGGCAGAAUCUGAUCUGGACACUGCAGGGCCCAAAGUUUGUGUUGUGUGCCUAGGUGUGCUACAGCAUUUCUGCGACAAAACCUUUGCCAAGAAGGUGUCAGAGGCAGUUACUGCAGAGGGGUAUCAGUUUGACAGUCUUGUGCUGUCUGUCUCACUCCCCGCCCAGCUGUCAGUCAGGGAGCACUCCACCUGGCUGCUUGUCAAGAAGGAAGUGAGGGAAAAAGGGCUGUGUCUUGGCAAGGAUGACGUCAUCCAGGUGAAGGAGGCCUUCAAGUGGAUCAUGAAUGGCUUGGUCUCCCAGGAGCUGGGUGUACCUGUGCUGGCCAAGAGUCCCUUUGAAGUCAGUGUGGGCUUCACACACCCGGAAACCGAUGGAGACUGCCACUUCCUGGCUACUACGUGUUCUGACUGCUUCAAACCAGCUAAGAACAAACUGUCAGUCUUCACUAGAAUGGCUGUGGUGAAGGCGCUCGAGAAGAUAACAGAUGAGAACUUCCGCAGACAGUUCCCGUGUCCUCCAAAGUGCCCAACUACAAGGUGCACUGCCCAAGACAUUCAGUGUCUCCAUGUGUCUGUGUUCGUGGCUGGAAGAUAUAACAAGUUCUCCCGCACGCUGCCGCAGACUCCAUGGGUGAUCGAUGGGGAGAGGAGGAUGGAGUCAUCGGUGGAGGAGCUGAUCACGGCACCCCUGCUGUCUGCUUUCCGGUCGGAGGGCUUCAACUUCUCAUCUUCGGGAAGGGAGGACGUGGACGUGCGGACUCUUGGAAAUGGUCGCCCCUUUGCAGUGGAGCUGCUGAACCCUCACAGAUCCCAGUUCAGCAAGGAGGAAGUCCGAGAGCUCCAGGAGGCCAUCAACAAGUCUUCAGACAAAAUCAGAGUGAGGGACUUGCAGAUCGUAACAAGAGAUGCAGUGGGCCACAUGAAGGAAGGAGAGGAGGAGAAGACCAAGUCUUACGGCGCACUGAUCUGGACCCAGAGGCCCAUUGAAAAAGAAGACAUAGAAUUCAUUAAAGACAUAAAGGAGUUAAAGAUUGCCCAGAAGACACCACUCAGGGUGCUGCAUCGCCGGCCAUUGGCAGUGCGGCAGCGCGUCAUCCACACCAUGACCGCACGCUUCCUGGACUCGCAUCACUUUCAACUGCACCUGCGCACCCAGGCAGGGACCUACAUCAAGGAGUUUGUUCAUGGGGACUUUGGGCGAACCAGGCCCAACCUGUGUGACCUCAUGAAGACUGACACGGACAUCCUGGAGCUGGAUGUGGAGUCUGUGGAUGUGGACUGGCCCCCUGCAGUAGGAGACUGAGGGCCUGUAGGAGUCUGCGUGGUAACGCCAAGCCUCAACACAAAGCCAUACCUGCUUGAGAGUACUAUCACCGCAUCAAAAAACACAUCCCCUGUCCUCCCUCGUUUAGACUAUUUAAGUGGAUAGAUAUCUGUAAAGUACACGCAGAAGCUCUCAUUUUUUAUGUUUGAUUAAAUACUGUUGAAACCUCACAGAUGUGCCUUACAUUUUGAAUUUGUUCAUUGCAAAAAAAUGCAUAUUUGUUUUAAUUAGAGGGGAAAGCAUGGUAAAAGGUUGUUUGUUUGACAAACUUUAGCGACUUUUGUGAUAAUAAUUCACAAAAGAGGUUGAGGACAUGACUUUCUCUCUGUGCAUCUGGGCCUCUAUUCAACCUGUAUGAUGUUAAAUUGCAAUGUACAUGUGUUGAAAUCAGAUUAAAAAUGCUGUAUUGAAUAAAAUACCCUUUAUUAAACACAGUAUAUAGAAAACAUAGAAGAGUAAUUGUAC